AUGCCGUCCGUCGUGACAGGAAACCGUGUUGCCGCGCUCUUUACCGUACGUGCUCGUCCUUGCGUGCGGCCUCGAUCUAGGACGUUGCAUGGUUCCGUCGUCUCCCCUUCUCCGUGCCGAAUACCAUCACUGUCGGGUCGAAGGAAUACUCCAGGAGCCCUAGGCACACACGGCGUUUCCAACCGCUCCUUGGCUUUUCAACACUCACCGACUCUUUGGAAUCCCAACGUGGAGUCAUUUACCGACAAUGCAUCUCCCGAGAAGGACGUCCAACUGCGAUUCGACGUAUCCAAAUCCGAGGAAUUAUGGGUUGCAGAAACGUCCCGUCUCCUUCGUUGGGAUGCUCCGUCACCUACGUGGACGGGGCGGGAGAUUACGCAGGCUGAAGAAACCAUUCGCUAUUGGAUUACGAAACACCGAACGAGACCGCAAACUAUCCAAACCUGUCUCACGCUUUUUGGGCGUACGGUCACGACGCUGGAAUUGCACCCGCAGUUGCUGAAGAAGGAUGAAUGCUUGGCCCACUGGUACGACGGUCGCUAUCCCCGCGCCACGCACUUGCUCAACGCCAUUGUGGACGCCUGGAGACUCUGUUGGAUGGACAAUGCCAAUGUCGUCAGCGCUAAACAGCUCUUUUCUCUGUUGGAGAGCUGGACGGCCGCGGCGCCGCCCGUCCCUAUUGACGCACGAACCUACACUUUGCUCCUCACGGCCGCUACCGCCAAGGGUGACCCCACGCAGGCUCCUCUCUCUGGGCAAGAGUUGCUGGCCAUCAUGCUCGAACGCGGCGCCACACAACAGGCAGAAUUGCCGGAUACCUUUCUUUUCACGGCCACCUUACGAGCCUGGGCCCUCAGUGGACGGGAGGAUGCCGCGCAAGGCGCAUGGGCUCUCUGGAAGGACUGGCGUGAACUGCGCCGGGAGGGGACUGUGACGGCUACACCCAAUGUUGUGGCCUACACCACUCUUCUGGACGUCUUGACUGCGGCGGAAGACUUGGUGUACAUGCAGCACGCCGACCAGGUAUUGCGCGAUAUGAUGGGGCACCUGCACGAGACCGUGACACCCGACACGAUCGCCUUUCGUCUCGUAAUCUUCGGUUGGUUGCGCUGGGCGGGAAAGAUGCCCGUAACUCUGCACGCUGACGACGAGGAAUCACCGAAACGGGAAAGUUGUCUAGUGGAUGCACGGGACGAGAACGAUCCUGUCUCCAUGCCUUUGCAAAAGGCGUACGGGCUGCUCCAUACCAUGCUGGAACUAGAUCAGAGCGGGAUUGAAGGCGUCGCUUGUGAUGCUACCUUCUUUUCCAAGUUUAUUUCGGCGUCCGCGCUCGUCGGCCGUUUCGAAAUCGCCCAAAAAGCCUACGACGAUUUGCUCGCUCUGUACGAAAAAACUGGUCAAGAACGAUUCCGUCCCGAAACAUUCACCAAACGUGCCAUGAUUCUGGUCCACUGUGGAGUUCACCGUGCCGUUUCGGCGGAAAAGCUCUUAAUCGAAAUGCAGGAAGAGGCGGCCGCCCGUGGUGAUCCAUCUUUUUUACCCAAGCCCAGUCACUACCGGGACGUGAUUGUGGCAUGGCUCACCCACCCCCGCGACACCAGAAUUUCGCAACGCGCCGAAGGUGUCUUGAUAAGGCUUAUCGAGCUGGCAAGUAGCAUGGAAGACGAACAGGAGAAGGAUCGGUACAUGCCCAAUGAAAUGCUAAUUGAAAAGGUUUUGUUGAGUUGGUCACGAUCUGAGCGCCAGGAUGCCGCCUUUCGUGCCGAGGUACUCUUACGCACCAUUCAAAAGUUGGUCCCCAACGCGGAGUCCUCGGUGUUGGGACCCAAUGCGUUCACCAACGUCAUGGUUGCGUGGUCGAGAUCUAAAUCGCACGAGGCGGUGGGGCGUUGCGAGGAUCUCCUGUUUGAAUUGCAACGACGGUACGAGGACGGUCUAGUCCAUUUGCAACCCGAUGCCUUUCACUAUACGGCUGUAAUUCGUACGUGGGCAAAUAGUCAACGCAGGGACAGCGCCAGUAAUAUUCAGGAUUGGUUCGAUCAAGCUGUAGAGUCAUAUCAGGCGGGCAAUCAACGGGCACGCCCCGACCAACACAUGUAUGGAGCCGCCAUUCAUGGAUUUGGGCACGUUGGAGAUGACCACAAGGCAGAACGUCUGUUCCAUGUCAUGAUCAAAGACUUUGAGCAUGGCAAUGAAUCGGCACUGCCUUCUACGCGCAUUCUCAACAUGGUACUCUUUGCUUUGCUCCGUUCGAGUGACACAGCUGCGCCCGAAAGGGCGUUGAAGAUAUUGGGGGAGAUUGAAGCGCUUAGUCGAGUCGGCUGGUUCAAUGCAUUUCCGGACGAUCGAAGUUUAUCCUUGGCUAUUCAAAUUUUGUCCAAGGAUCCAACGGGCAAGUAUACGAAUGAAAUUACAGACUUUCAUGACCAAAGAAAGCGACUCGGAAAGUUUUCCCGACAGCGACGGUCUUGA